UCUUAAAACCCAGUCACAUCUAGAAAAUUAUCAUAGCAUGAUCCAUACCUUUCCAUAUAUACUUUUUGAUUAGUCAGAUUUAUAGCCUCGCCACGAUGAAUAACUCUGGUCGUGGAGCGGACCACUUCGACUUUAUCCAGCGAACGGACCGGAAGAGCCUGCACACUCAGAUCGGGCUACUGGUAGCCAAGGCGAAGCAAGUCAGUGCCGAGGAGCUGCAAGAGCGUAGCCAGAGGCUGAAGAAGAUGCUCGACGAGGAGCACAAGCGUUACGAAGAGGAGUUCUCCAACACCGUAAAGACACGCAUGAAUGAGCGCAAGGAACACGUGAACGCCAUCCAGGAACAGGUGGCCAAGCAGCAGAAGAAGUUCCUCGAGGAGAAGCACCUGCAGAGGAUGAUGCUGGACUGCUAUGAGAUUCGACAGGCUAUGCGCCAUCAGGACCUCAUUGAGACUAAGAUAAUCCAGGAGGAGCAGAUCCUCGAGAAUCAGCGAAAGAAGCGGCGAGAGUGCCAGCUGGAGCAAGAGUGGUUGGAGCUGAAUCGCCGACGGUGGGCCCAGUACGACUGCAAUCAGGCGGACGAGGACUUGAAGCGCCAGCAGGUUCAGGAGCAAGUUAAACACGUCCUGGGCAUCCAAGUGGCUGAGCACGAGGAGAAGCGAAAGGAGGCGCUUGCGGAGAAGUUGGAGGAGGAGCGGGUCAUAAACGCUCUGCUGGAGGAGAUCCGCCUGGAGGAGUUCGACAAGGAGCACCAGCCUGCCCCUGUGGAUCAGCUGGCCUACCAGGCCGAGCUCCUCAAGGAGAUUCAGCGGAAGCACUGCGCUCGCCUGGCCGAGUGGGAGGCAGACAAGGCUGAGCAUCGGGCCUUCUGCCUCGAAACGCAGCGCCUGGAGGCUGAGGCCUAUGAAAGGAUUGCCCAGUCCAAGAAGGACCUCAACAGAGCCACUCUGGAGUACCUGGCCUAUCUGCGCCGCAUGCAGUCCCUGGAGCUGGGCAUCGAGAAGAUGAUGGACGAGCGCACCGCCGACCUCUUCCAGCUGGACGUCUGCACCAAGGUCAAUAUCAAGGAAAGGAUUCGGCUGAAGCGCGAAGAGGCCGACAAGUGCUACGAAAUCCUGCGUAAGCAAAUAUGUGAGGACUACGAGAGAAGGCUCGUCUGGGAUGCAGAGCUGCGUGAGAACAAAAUGCCAGAGAAUCGCUUCGUUCAUCCAGAGGUCACCCACGAAAUGAUCAUGUGCCGAAAGCUCCGCUACAAGGCAGACCUGGACGCCCAGAUCGCAGAGAUGAAGCGCAUCCAGGCGGAGGAGGAAAAGAAGUUCGACAGUCGCCUAAUGGCCGCCAUAGACGAUCCUGUGGUUUGCAAAAAAAUGGCCAAGGAGAUCCUGGACAGCGGCAUUGAUUACCUGGCUCCGCAUCCCAACUGGCGGGUGCUGGCCUGCAAUCCAAUUCAAUAUAUACCCAGAGCCCCCACCACGGAGCAGGAGUUCAACGCUCGAGUAGCUGCCGCCAGUUUGGACAAGUGUCAUUGUCCCAAGGCGGCGGAGAAGCACUGCGGAUUCAUGGCUGACGUCGGUGGCUGGGACGUUCCUCCCGAGGGUCCGAAGCCCAAGGCGAAGAAGGGAGCCAUUGAGGCACUCCCAAUGACUCAGAAGCCCGGCUUCAGGAACUGUCAUUGCAAGUUCGGCUAGUGCAAGUUCGCUGUAUGCAUUCUUCCGGCAGCAUUCUGAAAUUGUUUAAAUGUUAUAUUCUUGAGGCAAUUGUAAAAUAAAUUUAAAGCUGCAAGAUAA